UCAGCGUUAUGAUCGCAGAAUGCGCCAGGACCCCUUCACUAACGGAUCCCUGUCGUGAUGACUGUCUGGGGGCAGAGCUGCAGCCCGGUGAUGCCUGACAUUUCAUCCUUCCAGUAGUUAAUAUCUCAGACCUGCGCGGUGUCAAAGCUGGAGCUUGGCACAAACAAACGUACUCUCACUGCAAGAGGCAGUCUCCCCUGCGCGUACUUCUCCUCGACACAUUUCUCCGAGCUUUUUCCUUCCUUCCAUCUGGGGACUGGAAACUUGAGGGACUUUACCGUCGCAAGCAUAGAACAAAAGGCGGACGCACGGAUAGUGUCAGCGCGGUAAAUGUAGUGGCGGGCCGGGGAGUCUUUCUGCGGGGCGCACAGCGGUGCUGCUGGACCAGUCGAGGACGCACCAAGUCCCGUUCCACAUCCCCGUUUUACCCCCCGCCGAGUGUCCCGAACACGGCAAACAUGAUUCUCUUCGGGAUUUCGCUAGUUCUUGUCUUCUCAGAUGUGUCACCAUCUUCAGCACCCAUCUUUCCCUAUCCUGUUGCACCCACUGAUUGUGUUGAAGCUCAUCGGGUGUGUUCCACUGACCCCCGGUGUGAAGCACUGUACCGUGGCUUGGAACUGUGUGCGUCUGAUGCAGCUAUGUCCCCCCUGGGGGAGCAGGCAGCAUCCGAGUGUCUAGAGAGACAGGACGCACUGCUGGCCAAACAUCCCUCUCUGUUGGCUUGCAAGUGUCAUCGUGGCUUCCGCAAGGAGGAGCAGUGUCUGCACAUAUACUGGAGUGUCCGCCUGCUGCCAGGAGACGAUGAGCUGGAGAUGUCUCCCUAUGACGACACACUAGUGGAUACCCGCAUGGCUUCCUUAGUGGCAGCUUCGUCUUUCAUGCAACUUGAUGGUGAGAACCAGUGUCUGAAGGCAGCACAGGACUGUGGCCUGUAUGAGAAGUGUGGCUCCUUAAGAUCAGAGUAUGUCCUGGCCUGCACAAAGCCAGUGUCCGGUACUAACCGUUGCAAUCAGCACAAGUGCCACCGAGCCCUACGGCGCUUCUUGGAGCGCGUGCCUGAAGAGUACAGCCUGGGUGUCCUGUUCUGCCCAUGCACCAACACCCUGUGUGGAGAGAGGCGGAGGAAAACCAUUGUGCCCUCCUGUUCUUACCAGGAAAUGGAGGGUCUGCAACCCAACUGCCUCCAUCAGCAGAGCUUCUGCCGCCGUGAUGACCUUUGCAGGUCCAGACUGGCUGAUUUCCUGAAUAACUGCCAGCCAUCUCAUCUGACAACCAGCGGCUGUCUGAAAGACUCAGCAGGUCUCUGCCUCCGAGCCUACGCUGGACUUAUAGGUACCAUCAUGACUCCAAAUUACAUCAGCAAUAGUUCUGCAGACGUGUCACUGUGGUGCAACUGCGAGGGUAGUGGCAACCAGUGGCAGGAGUGUCAGAGACUGCAACGCCUCUUCACCCACAACACCUGCCUGCGUAACUCUAUCAGUUGGAUGGGAAGCCCUGGUUCCCUGCCUGCAGACAUCACACAACCUCCUGCUCCUAGACCCUCCCCACUGGUUCAGAAGGACGAGCUGCUGAGCAACAAUCACCUGCCUGAGACCAACAACAUUGUGGUGGAAAGUGAGGAAGAGGAACAACUGACACAGACAGAUGAGCAGGAUGCUGAUGAAGGCGACCAAUUUGAUGUCAUCCCGCUAUACUCAGAGAGGGCCACUGUUUCCAACCUGGGCUCUUCUGGCAGUGGGGGGGCUGCAUCUCUCACCACGGGCCCUGCUAAACCCAUACUACUGCUCCUUCUACUCCUGUCUGCCUCCCUCAGCUGGGGGUAGAACAGAGAAUUGGGAGAGCACACACACAAGCACACACUCACAUACAAUGGAACUGCCAACAAUCCUGCACUGAUUGCUGUAAAAUUAUAAGAAAUAUAGUGAAGAAAUGGACUUCACAUUUUGUCGGUAGCAUCCCCUUAAUUCCAGUCUUAUGUCCUUGCUUCCUUCUUUAUUUGAAAAUGUCUCUCUGUUCAGUAAGGCCCGAUUGGAGCUGCAGCAGGAUAUUGCUGUCCUGGGAGUACAGGAGACCUAAUUGUGGUAUUUUCACAUGCAACCGUUUACCAGUAAGCAUAGUGUAGCUGUUUCUUUCAACCGUCUAGAAAAGAAAAAAAACAAACAAACAAAAAAAAAACAUGUAAGUUUAAGUGGCUUUUUUCAUUGUUAGCAAAUAAGUAUUUGCAAUGGGUGUAGCUGUAAUAAUCAGUCGGAGUUUCUAAUUUUGGACUGCUACAACAACACAUCAAGAUUAAAACUAGAUGACACUAAAUGUAAAGGUACAGUUUACAAAGCGGUUAAGCAAAAUACAUAUGCACCAGAAUAAAAAUACACAAAACAUUGACUACAUUUCUCUGGGCUGCCAACAUUCACAUAUCAACCUUGAGGCUGGCACAGAUGACACUUUUCACACAAGUUCACCUCACAUGUCAAUAUCCUCACACAGUGAAAACUUAAUUUACAACCCAUAAUGUCACACUGUUAACAAAGAACUCAGAGAAGGCAAUCCAGUACAGCAACAGCAACGAGUUAUCAAGGGGCAAAAGUGAGAAAUAUACAAAAAUCUAUUAUAUUGUUAUUUCUUCUUUUCCAUGCUGUUCAGAGUAAUCUCAGUCAGCAGCUCUUUCGCAGCAGCUCAGCGCCUCUCCUCUCGUGCUGUCCACAUGCAUGCAGGAUUGACAGUGAGUUUGAGGAUGUUCAUCUGUCACUCUGAAACUUUCUGCGAUUAGCCUGCAAUCAAAAAAAUACAUAGCAAUUAUUUUCUAUGAUCCUCUCAGUUAUUUACUGUUUUUGUGAUGAGCUGGGUGGCUGUUUCCUGACUCUAUGAUGAGGUAUUGUAAAAUUUAAGGGAAUGUGUUUUGAAUUACAAUGUGUCAAAUUGGCUCCCAAACUUUAAAACAUAACAGGUAAUGGUGGAAGAUUCUGCUGCAUUCCAUUUUUCAAUAAAUAGAUACAUGUCCUCCUAAUCCACAUUUUGGCUAUGCAGGAAAAUAGUCUCAAAAUCUAGCCUCUAAUGUCUAGAAGUAGACUGAUCAGUUUUGAUCUAUUUAUUCGUCACUUGAUAUAAUUAUUGAGUCGUCUCUUAAGCUCUUGACAAAUACCAAAUAUCCACUCUAAGUUAAAUUUAAAGGUUUGCCAUGCAUUUCUGUUUAUCUGGUGCUUAUACAAGUACACAUAGUUAGAAUAUUCCCACUGCUCCUAAUUUAUAGCAGGACAUAUUGGAUUCACAUACUGUAUACCUUUAGCAUACCAUGCUUUGUUCUGCUAACUUAUUAGCAUAGGUUGUUGGGGUCCAUUUUAGGACACAAAUGUUUUAUUGAUAGCAACAGACCAACACGUCUACCAUGGUGGAGCCGAAUCACAUGUCAUUUUAAACAUUGUUUUGAUUUAUUUAUCAAUAAAACAAUAGCUUCAAGCAUUCUCCAAAGUUCUUAAUUUGUCCUAGUAAAAGAAAAAUGAAAAAGCACUGGGAACGUAAAUGUAAGGCGAUAAGGCCAUUACAAGUGAAUGCUACUUUUAUAAAGCAGAUUGGUAUUUAUGAGUUAUGCCUCUUUCAAUAGAAAAGAUCACAAUUAAAAAACAAAAAAAGCACCAACAUAUAAACAAAAUUAAAUAUAGAAUAGAGAAAAUAUACAAUAUACACCUGUAAUAGAAAUGCCUGCAGUCCUUCAGUGGAUGGUGAUUUGUACCACUGGUUGUGACUUACCUGUCUAUGGGUUAUCCUAACAUUGAAUGAAGGGGUAAGGGGCUUGAUAUAUGACUCAUGAGUCAAACUUCAUCACAGUGAUGUAUGGUGUGAUACCCAUCUCCCUGCUGCUGCAGACAUGUUGAAUGACAAAUUACACACUUGUCACACAUUGUUUGAUGAACAUCAAGUGUGUCUUGUGUGCACACUUACAUGAAUAGGGCAGAGAAAUUGAAAAGAAAACUGGGCAAAUCUUUUUGUUAUAAUAUGAGUCUUGCGCUUUGUCGUUCCCACCCACGUCAGCACUGCUUCACGUGCUGCACAGAAGUCCAUGCGCACACAUUUGCACACAAACUGCCUGUCACAUAUUGAGCCGAUGCAGCUGUUUCUUGCUUUAUUGCUCUAUCUUUGUCCCUAUCUACCUCCCCGGUGACUCAGGACCAGGACCCAAGCUGCCACAGGCACGGAUAUGAAUAAAGCCGUCAUAAUAAAAACAACACACCAGAAACAACAUGAGCUCUAAAACGGCAGAACAAAUCAAAUAGCUCCCCAGCAGUCGACCAAACACAAUACUUCUAACACAGACAAAAUGAAGAACAUGGAAAAGAGAGAGAGAUUUAUGGAGGAAAAUUUAAAAAAAACAAAAGUCAAGUCCCUGUGUGGUCUUUGUGUAUUUGAUGUUUUACUUGUUUUUAGUUGGGAGGCCAAUAAUCAGUCCCUGACAACGUCUCUUUAUCAUCUGACAGGCUCCUGGGGGGAGAAGUGUAUGUGUGUGUUGGGAGCGAGGGGUGUGGUAGGGUAUCAGGCAGUGAUAGCAAUAGUGUGCUGUAGCAAGAGCAGAGAGGACCCUGGAGCACAAACACAGCAGAGAGAAUCGCCGGCUCUUGAUUUUCUAUGUCUUAUAAAUCUUUUGCUGACACUAUUUUUUUCCCCCACAUUCUUUUCCUAUUUCUGGGGAAUGUGAAAAAUUAAAUUCCAUCUGCAGAGGUGCCAGUGAUGGCAGAGGGCAGGGAAAUAAUGUGGCUUGGGAAUGAGUGAAAGGGAAAGGAUGAAGGAAAAGGUGAAGCCAAAAAUUAAAACAGAAAAGAGGUGGUAAAAAAUUAUACACAAUGUAAACAGCUAAAUAGAAAAGAGAGUGGAACACAAGAUGAAAUUAGUAAAAAGAACAAUGACAUUAAAAAGCAUGCCAGAAAUGUAAAUGGGAAUAGUAAACAAAGAGGAUGAAGGAAACAGAUGAGGACCGUCAUAAAUGAAUGAAUAAGAGAGAGAAAGAUUAUACAGCUUGAAAGAAAGAAAGAAAGCAAGAAAGAAAGCAAGAAAGAAAGAAAGAAAGAAAGAAAGAAAGAAAGAAAGA